AUGCGAGGAUGUCUGCAGCCGGCCAGAUGGCUGACCACGGCCACCCUGCGGCGGCCACUACUCUCUUCCCAGCGCCUACCCGCGAUCUCCUGUAACCAGCACCCCCGACUCUUCCAUCACUCGCCAAUAUUUCAAGCCCGGCAGUCGAGCAAGCCCCUCUCGCCAGUAGAGGAACGAAUUGAUGCUAUUCCAAUCGAACGGUACCGCAAUUUCUGCAUUGUUGCUCACGUCGACCAUGGCAAGAGCACGUUAUCGGAUCGGCUCCUAGAGCUAACGGGCACCAUCAAGGCCGGAGAGAACAAGCAGGUACUCGAUAAACUUGACGUCGAGCGCGAGAGGGGUAUUACCGUGAAGGCACAAACAUGUACCAUGCUCUAUAACUACGAAGGGGAGGAUUAUCUGCUCCACCUUAUCGACACACCAGGACACGUCGAUUUUCGAACAGAGGUCUCCCGCAGCUAUGCCAGCUGUGGUGGAGCAUUGCUGCUCGUCGAUGCGAGCCAGGGAGUCCAGGCGCAGACCGUCGCGAACUUUUACCUUGCCUUUGCACAGGGCCUGACGUUGGUGCCGGUUGUAAAUAAGGUAGACCUACCUUCUGCGGAUCCCGAUCGAGCUUUGGAACAGAUGAGGAGCACCUUUGAGUUGGACGUCGACAAGGCCGUUUUGGUUUCAGCAAAGACAGGACGAAAUGUUCAGGAGCUUUUGCCCUCCAUCAUUAAGAACAUUCCCGCACCUAUUGGUGAUGCCACAAAACCCCCCAGAAUAUUGCUGGUUGACUCCUGGUAUUCUACAUACAAGGGCGUCAUUCUCCUUACCCGCAUCUUCGAUGGAGAAGUCAAGGCCGGCGAUCAGCUUGUUUCUUUUGCGACCGGCCUCAAAUACAUAGUGGGCGAAGUCGGAAUCAUGUACCCGAAUCAAACUCCACAGUCCGUCCUACGAGCAGGGCAAGUGGGCUAUAUAUACUUUAACCCCGGCAUGAAACGGAGUCAGGAAGCUAAGAUUGGUGACACCUUUACAAAAGUCGGAUGUGAGAAAUUAGUUGAGCCUCUCCCGGGAUUUGAGGAACCAAAGUCGAUGGUGUUCGUUGCAGCCUAUCCCGUGGACUCGAAUGACUUCCCUCACCUCGAAGAAAGUAUCAAUCAGCUGCUACUGAAUGACAGGAGUGUUACCAUGCAGAAGGAGUCGUCUGAGGCUCUAGGUGCAGGGUUUCGCCUCGGAUUCCUGGGAACAUUACAUUGCUCUGUGUUUGAGGACCGUCUUCGUCAGGAACAUGGAGCAAGCAUCAUCCUCACGCCGCCAACAGUGCCAUGCAAGAUAAUAUGGAAGGAUGGCGAGGAAAGCAUCAUCACGAAUCCAAGUCAUUUUCCCGAAGAGGACACCCUUCGCGUCAAGGUCGAUGAAUUACAAGAACCUUACGUUCUCGCCACGAUUACCUUCCCUGAAGAGUACCUCGGCCGUGUCAUGGAACUUUGCGAGGCCAAUCGCGGCGAACAAGUUAGCAUGGAGUUCUUCACUGCCACUCAGGUUAUCCUCAAGUAUCAACUACCACUAGCACAACUAGUUGACGACUUUUUCGGAAAGCUCAAGGGUUCCACGAAGGGUUAUGCAAGUAUAGACUACGAAGAAUCCGAAUGGAGAAAAAGUAACGUUGUCAAGCUUCAGUUACUCGUGAACAAGAUACCAGUCGAUGCAGUCUCUCGUGUUGUACACUCUAGUCAGACUAGUCGGCUGGGGCGUCAAUGGGUGACUAAAUUCAAAGAGCAUGUCGAACGACAAAUGUUCGAGGUGAUUAUUCAGGCUGCUGUUGGGAGGAACGUUAUAGCCAGAGAAACCAUCAAGCCGUACCGGAAAGACGUGUUGGCUAAGCUUCAUGCCAGCGAUAUUACGAGACGAAGGAAACUCUUAGAGAAGCAGAAAGAAGGGAGGAAACGGUUGAAGGCUGUUGGAAAUGUCGUUAUUGACCACAAGGCGUUCCAGGCUUUUCUCGCAAAAUAG